AUGGAAUUGGGUAUUGAAAGAUGGUUUGGAAUCAAUAGUCAUAACAGAAAUAGACGUGGUAUUGUCGAAGGAGCCCUAGGGGGCAUAGGUAUAAUUGGCAGCAUUGCAAAUAGUAUGGAUAUUAACACGUUAAAAUUUGAUCUUGAGUCAGCAGGUUUAGUGGGAAGUAAAGGUUUUAAGAUCCAAAGAAACUUAAAUCAGAUAUUAGAAGAUAUGGUUAUUAAAACAGCCAAUGUAAUGGGUCCAUCCAUACUACAUCUUCAGAAUAUUACUCUCAAUUUAAUGACUAGUGAAGAACAUUCACAUAUUGCCAGAUUAUGUUUAGAAAUUCAAACAGAAUAUUCCACUAAUUUUAAAAUAAUUGCACAAGCUUUUCAGAGUGGAGUUACCCCUCUUGGUAUAUUGCAGAAUUUACCCAGAGAAUAUGCAUAUGCAAGAAAUCAUACUGAUUUAUGGAUUGAAAGUGCUAAAAAAAAUGGAGCAGAUACGCACAUUGAAGGCUCACUAUCUGCUCGGGAAAAAGUUGGCGUGCAAGAUUUUGUGCUGCUAGAUUCACACACCAGUGAAACCGCUUUUAUGGACAACCUGCGCAAGAGAUUCCAGGAGAAUCUUAUUUAUACAUACAUUGGGACCUUACUGGUGUCUGUGAACCCAUACAAGGAACUUGAUCUAUAUACUGAGAGGCAAAUGGAAAUAUACCAAGGAGUGAAUUUCAUUGAGCUGCCACCACACAUCUAUGCUAUUGCAGAUAAUGCAUAUAGGGUAAUGUGUACGGAGCGAAACAAUCAUUUUAUCCUCAUCUCUGGAGAGAGUGGAUCUGGAAAAACUGAAACAUCAAAGAAAAUCCUCCAGUACUUGGCAAUGGCAUGUCCAACUACAGAAAAGCUUCAAACAAUUAGAGAUCGACUCCUUCUCUCCAAUCCCGUUCUGGAGGCUUUUGGAAAUGCCAAAACUCUUCGUAAUGACAACUCAAGCAGAUUUGGAAAGUAUAUGGAUGUACAGUUUGACUUCAAGGGAGCACCAGCUGGAGGUCACAUACUUAGUUAUUUAAUAGAGAAGUCUCGGGUGGUCCAUCAGAAUAAUGGGGAGAGGAAUUUUCACAUCUUCUACCAGUUAUUAGAGGGAGGUGAGGAUCAUCUUAUACGUUGGCUGGGUCUAGAGCGUAACCCAGAGCUUUACAGUUACCUUAUUCAGGGAGAGUGUGCCAAAGUAAGUUCUAUCAGUGACAAAGCCAACUGGAAGCUAGUCCGCAGGGCAUUUACCAUUAUUGAGUUCACAGAAGCUGACAUAGAGAAUCUUUUUGGAUUAGUGGCCAGUGUCCUGCACUUAGGUAACGUAAAGUAUGAGGAGGACAGCCAUGGGCAUGCCAUAAUCAAGGACGGCACACAGAUUCGAUGGAUUUCUAAGCUUCUUGGGGUUCCCCUGUCUAUUUUACAAGAAGCAUUAACACAUAAAAAGAUUGAGGCAAGGUCAGAACAGGUUCUGAGUCCUCUCAAUUUAGAAUUGGCAUAUUAUGCCAGAGAUGCCCUUGCCAAAGCUAUGUAUGGAAGAUCCUUUAACUGGCUUGUCAACAAAAUCAAUGGGUCACUUGCAAAUAAGGAGCCACCUAAGAAAACUGUUAUUGGACUUUUAGAUAUUUAUGGCUUUGAAGUAUUUGAAUCAAACAGCUUUGAACAGUUUUGCAUUAACUAUUGUAAUGAGAAACUUCAGCAACUCUUCAUUUCUAUGACACUCAAGACAGAGCAAGAGGAAUAUGAAACAGAGGGAAUUGAGUGGGAGCCAGUCCAAUAUUUUGACAACAGGAUUAUUUGUGAUUUAAUCGAAGAAAAACACAAAGGAAUAAUUGCUAUAAUGGAUGAGGAGUGUUUGCGUCCUGGUGAAGCCACAGAUCUCAGCUUUCUAGCAAAGUUGGAAGAGAAGGUUGGGGAUCAUCCUCAUUUCUUAACCCGCAAGCUUGCAGGCCCUGGGGCAAGGAAGUCUAUUGACUGGGUAGACUUUCAACUUCUUCACUAUGCAGGGGAGGUCACAUACUGCGCUGUGGGAUUUUUGGAGAAGAAUAAUGACCUCUUGUACCGGAACAUUAAGGAGGUGGUUAUCAAAUCCAAAAAUUAUAUCCUAAGGGAUUGUUUUCAUGCAUCAGAACUGGACAACAGAAAGCGUCCUGAAACUGUAACCACUCAGUUUAAAAAUAGCUUGUCAAGCCUUAUAGAAAUCUUGAUGUCCAAGGAACCAGCGUACAUUAGAUGUAUCAAACCAAAUAAUGACAAACAACCAGGAAAAUUUGAUGAUAUCGUGGUUCGUCACCAAGUGAAAUAUCUGGGUUUAAUGGAGUAUUUAAGGGUGAGAAGAGCAGGAUUUGCCUACCGUAGAAAAUACGAAAACUUCUUACAGAGGUAUAAAUCACUGUGUCCAUAUACCUGGCCUAGUUGGGCUGGAUCUGCCCAUGAAGGUGUAGAGAAAUUGGUGAAGUACAUUGGCUACCAACCCAAUGAGUACAAACUUGGAAGAACCAAGUUGUUUAUACGUUUUCCUCGCACCUUAUUUGCCACUGUGGAUGCAUUUGAACAGAAAAAGCAUCAGCUGGUUUCAAAAAUCCAAGCCAAAUACAAAGGGUGCUUAGGAAAAAGAGCUUUUCUGAAAAAGAAGAAAGCAGCUGUCAAGCUUGAAUCAUGCUGGAGAGGUGUUUUAGCCCGCCGGGCUGCCAAGAAGCGUGCAUGGGCAGCUCAGACAAUCAGGAAGUAUAUUGUUGGAUUUAUCAACCGAAAUCAGUCUCCCAGUGAUGAGAAUAGAAACUACCUCCGCCUAAUGUAUUACAGCUACCUCUGCAGACUUAGAGACCAUGUGCCUAAAAAUGUCUUGGACAAAAAUUGGCUGGCUCCCCCAUCCGCUAUGGAAAAGGUUUCAGAAAAGCUUUAUAAGCUGUGCAUGAGAAAUUUGGUGAGAAAAUACUGCAGGUCCGUUACUGCAAAGAAAAUUGAGCAGAUGCAGCAGAAACUUGUAGCCAGUGACCUCUUCCGGGGAAAAAAAGAGGGCUAUCAACAAAGUGUCAGCCAACCCUUCGAAGAGACCCGGCUAUGUGAGCAGGAUCUCAAUCCAAAACUACUUCUGAACAUGAGCUAUGACAAGAUUAAGUAUGGCAUUUCAGCAAUCAAGUAUGACAGGCAUGGAUUUAAGGCUCGAACUCGACAGCUCCUGUUGACACAGACAAAACUGUAUGUGACUGAACAAGUCAAAAUCAAGCAGAUGAUUGAAUACUCAAACAUAAAAGAAAUUUCUGUCAGUGACAUGAGUGAUGGAUUUCUAAUAAUUCAUGUAUCUCCAGAAGACAAUAAGCAGAAGGGAGAUGCUGUAUUACAGUGUGAUCAUAUUUUUGAAGUUGCCACUAAGCUGGUCAUGCUGGCUUCUAAGCAGGAUGCAAUCAAGAUAGGCCAUGGAAGCAUGACAUUUCAAUUCCAAGACCGGAAAGGGUCUAUCGAUUUUACAUCAGGAACCGAGUCACAGGUGUACAAAGCCAAGAAUGGACAUCUGACAGUGGUGUCUCCCCGAUUAAAAUCCUAAUGGGGAAAAUCUGGAUCAAUAAAGGAAUACAUCCAUCGAAUACAGUUAUGGGACUACACAACAAACAAAGGUGCCUUUGAGGCACUAUGUGUUUCAAAUAAUUUCACAGUAAUGGAAUGAUCACAACUGUGUUGUGCAUUUUAUGCUAUCCUCUGUGAAGAUUUGCUGUCCACUCUCAGCUGCUGGUAUAUCAGUUCCAACAGAAUCUGUUUAUAAUAAUGUCCAUCUAUCUGGAAUAACUGGACACAAUGAGAUGUCCUUUGCACAGAAAUGUAUUAAGUGCUAUAUUACCCACAAAGCUUUGGAGUCUUGCUUUCUUCUCCUCUUCCCUAAUUAUUAACAAAGCUGAUAAUUGUAGGACAAGAUGUUUUAUGUACACUGAAAUACCAGACUAUUUGUACUAUGCAUCCAAUUCUGUCUUCAUCUAACCAAAUGCAGAAUAAUUUCCUGAGUGUAAACUACAAUGGGACUCAAAAUAAUCUGUGAAAAAUUCUGACUUAUUCACAAAUUUCCUACAACCAUAAAUUAGCCAUUUGUGCAUGCAAAUGUAUUUUUGUUAAUAAAUUAUUUGUACACAGGUUACAAAUUGAUAAUGUGUAUUCAAUAAAAAAAUUUAAACCUCUCA